UCUAGGUCACCAAUUAAUGACCAAUAAUAUCUAUAAGUUUACCUAUCUCGUGCACUAUGACAGGCUAAUUUGGUUCUUUAUCCAGAAAGAUAAAUAUGAGACAUCGUUGUUUACAAGACUUCGUAAUCUAUAUCAGUGUCUGCUUUGAACCGGAGGCAAUCUCACACAUGAUUGGCAGUGUUGCCAGCCUGACUGUUUCCACUGAUACCAACCCAACCGUGUCUGCAGCUAGAAAACUUGAUGUAAACCCGAAGUGAGGUGUCAAGGAGCCAUCAAACUUUCCGGAGUUCUACACAAAUGAUGCCAUCAUAUGGAAACUUCAGAAUGUGGGCCAACUCACAAUCAGGACUCCUUCUGCUGUGUGCUUUAACAGUGGCAGUAUUGGCUGUUGUGUACAAUUUUACUGACGAGUCGUUACCAGCUGAUCAGCCCAGUGUUGCCACUCACAGCGAAUUAAUCGCUGCCAACCUAACAGGCUCCAGAGUUGUUCCAACACUUAGAUUUGUCACUGCAGUAUCCCGGCAUGGCAACCGAGGGCCGUCAUUUACUUACCCCAAAAGUCCUUAUCAACAUAAUGACACCAAAAUAUGGCCUUAUGGAGUGGGAGAGCUGACACAGAAAGGUCGCAUGCAAAUGUUUAACUUAGGAAAGAAGUUCCGCUCUUUGUACAAUGGCUUUCUGGGACAAAUCUACAGGCCGGGAGAGUUCAAAGGUCUCAGCACUCCCAUGGGACGUACUCUGCAGAGCGCCGAACUGUUCCUGGCAGGCCUGUUUCCUCCCACAGGUUUCCAAAUGUGGAACAAAGACCUGCAGUGGCAGCCUAUACCCGUCUUUCCUAACUUCCUGGAUCGUAAUUUAAUGGUGCCUCCAACGGGACCAAACCUCUGUCCCAAGUUCCGAGAAGUUCAGAAAAGCUCUUUGAAAAACUAUUUAGAAGAGUACAAAUCUGAACUGGAUAAACUUGUUGAGUAUGCUCUGCCAUACACGGGAUAUAAUACAGAUAAUCAAAAGUCAGAAAAGAUCAAAGAAAUCGCAAAUAUAUCCAUUUUGUUCCUACUUUGGGAGUCUUUCACGUAUCCGCAAGGAGAGGGACUACCUCUGCCCGACUGGUCCAAGAAGAUAUUUCCAGAGCCUCUCACAUUCCUGAUCGCCAAGGUGUUCCAAGCAGCAACAAUGGGUUCUGACACGCAGAUUAGAUACUUGGAAGGAGAAAUGUUCAAAGAAAUGGUGGAGCACAUGCGAUCCAAAGAGAAAAAUACACUCAAAACGGCCAAGCAGAUGUUGUACUACUCUGGGCAUGACAACACCAUUCUAGGCCUCCAGGCCAUCCUGGGUUUGGACAGAGAGGUCUUGGGCCACGUACUACCUGGGUCUGCCUUGGUUUUUGAACUCCAUCAGAAUCAGGAUGGACGAUUUUAUGUCCAGGUUCUGCAAAUAGACGGAAGCUCCCCGGAUUCGGAGCCCAAAAAAGUCAACAUCCCAAGGUGCGAGUCUCCCUGUGACUUCCAACUGUUUUUGAACAUCACUGAAAAAUACUAUAACAUCACAGAUUACAAAAAGGAAUGUCAACUUGAUUUAAUAGCUUAAUUU